AAGUAAAACAAGACAAAUAUCUCAAGUGCAGAACUCUCAGCGUUGAAAACUGAAAUUGCCCAUUCUGUUCUUUAAUAACUGUCAUAAAUAAAAAAAUUCAUUCUUCUCAGUAUAAUCAGACACUACCAGCUGCUGCAACAGCACUUCAAUCAGAAUCUCCGGCGACAGAUGGCGUCUUCGGAACCACCGGCUUUCCAGGAGUCAGAUCGCUGCGACGUUUGCAAAUGCAGCUUCAGCACUUUCCGACGAAGACAUCAUUGUCGACGAUGUGGAAGGACAUUGUGUCACGAGCAUUCUUCAAAUCAAAUGGCUUUACCGCAAUUUGGCUUGCUUUCCAGUGUUCGAGUUUGUGCUGAAUGUUAUAAUGAUUCUUCUAGAUCAGGCCAAGCUAAACCACAGACUUCCUCAGAUGUAAUUUAUUCUGUAACAGAUGAAGUUUCUAGAUUAGAUAUUGGCGAGGAAACAUGUUCAAAAGCUGAAUCAGAUAUACAGAGUAAAUCCACAGCAGGUGUUAUCGAGUGCAAAUGUGGGAUGCCUUUGUGCAUAUGUGAAGCUCCAGCUCCUCCAGCAGAAGCAGUUCCUAUUCAGAUGAAAAUGCCUUCUACAGCUAUUUCUCAGUCAAAUCCAAAACCAAAGAAGAAUGACUCUAUUUCUAGGAACAGAGGUUCUACUUCAAACAACAAGCCCAGUUCGGUUUUCCAUCAUGGUCAGAUUAGCACUGAUGGUAAUGAGAGACCGCAGAUAGAUUAUGAAGUCAAUGGGGAGGGUUUGAGGGAAGCCAUAAAGAAUGGUGAUACUGCUGCAGUCAAGAAGCUAUUGAGUGAGGGCGUUGAUGCAAACUACCGCGACAGGCAAGGACUGUCGCUGUUGCAUUUGGCUGCAUUAUUUAACCGAACUGAUAUAGUUUUUACCCUCAUGGAUUCUGGAGCUACUCUGGACUACAAGAAUGCACAAGGGGAAACUCCACUGGACUGUGCUCCUGCAACUUUGCAAUACAAGAUGAGAAAGAAAAUGGAAGAACAUGGGCAGCAGGACCCACAUACCGCCAUUUGAGUUCAGAUACAUCCUCUUCAUCUUUACCCUUGCACAUGCAUGUUCUAAAGAAAAAAAAAACUUCACAUGCAAGCUGUCCAUUCCCUUGGAGAAAUCAAUCUGAUUUUGCUUCGUGGGUUGGAUUUAUGUAACGCAAAUCAUUUCUAGUGAUGGCACUGAGGAUUUUUAUGAGAUUCCUAUAGUGAAUCACUUCUUUUAGUGGCUACAAAACCGGACUUUCGUUAUAUAUGUGUAUGCAUAUGAUCUUUGUUGAUAUUGGGACUUAUGUUUACCCAAUUUUGCAAUGAUUUGUAUUGUACAUAAAACAAGAUAAGAUUGAACUUUGCGUCUUUACGUGUCGAA